CAGCUGGCCUGUAUACCACUCGCGCGCCCGACCGCUCUGGCUCCCUCUCGCGGCCGCGGACAGCAGCAGCACGAUACUCCAGAACCAUGAGCAGCGCAGCGCACUCGCGGGAGCCGUCCCCGUCCGCCUCGUCCUCGCAGCAACAUCACACCCAACAGCAGCAGCAGCAACGGCGGCCAUCGCAGAGCGCCGUCAGGGAGGAGCCGGCGGGGCUCUGGUACGACGCGAACGACCACCCUACGGACGACGCUCGUCAGCAGCAACUGCGACAGCAGCAGCAACCGCAACCGCAACAGCUGAGUCCUCAACAGCAGCAGCCGCCCCAGGCAGCGUCGUCGAACCAGCUAGGCGUGGGGCAGGGAGGAGGACAGCAGUCGCAGGGGGGCCCGUCGUCCGCACCUGUGAGCGGGAGCCCGAGUCCUCGCUUGGCCGACGCUACCCCGGGCCGGUUGAACGUGCCGCAACGGUCGUCGACGUAUGGUGGACCACACGAUCUCGAGCGUAACAGGCAUCGCGACUACGAUGGCGUACCGCAUGCGAGGAGCGAGGAUCUAAAUCACAACAGCAGGGCGGGCAACAAUCAUACCAUCCAAGGCGUUAACAACGGCGCUCUCCCAGCCAACGUAGCUGCCUCGGCCUGUGCAGCAUGCGGUCGCCCCAUGCAGGGCGCCUUCGUGCGUGCUUUGGGCACCGUCUUUCAUCUCAACUGCUUCAAGUGCUUGGAUUGCGGCACCGUCGUCGCGUCCAAGUUCUUCCCCAUAGACGGGCCGGAUGGCAAACAAUAUCCCUUGUGCGAGCGGGACUACUUCCGGCGGCUGAACCUGAUCUGUGCGCAAUGCGGCAUGGCGCUCCGGGGGUCCUACAUCACCGCUUGCAACAAGAAGUUCCACGUCGAACACUUCACGUGCUCCCUCUGCGACACGCUCUUCGGCCCGCAGGACUCGUACUACGAGCACGACGGGGACGUGUACUGCCACUACCACUACUCGACCCGGUUCGCGACCAAGUGCGCGGGGUGCAACAGCGCGAUAUUGAAGCAGUUUGUGGAGAUCAACCGGAAUAAUCGGGAUGAGUGUUGGCACCCGGAGUGCUACAUGAUCAACAAGUUUUGGAACGUGAAACUCGUAUCGAGGAAGUCGAUGAUACUGCCUGCGCCGUCUGAUGGCGACGCAUCGCAGAGCCAGAGCCAGCUCUCGCAGUCUUCGGACCAGCUCUCGGAGAACGGCCGGCCGAGUGAGCCGGACUAUGCCGAGGAGGAGAAGCGGGAGACGGCGACAAGCCUGAAGGACAAGCAGGCCAGGAUGGAGCAGCAGGUUUACCGGAUAUGGACGGUCUUAUCCGCCUUCGAAGAGUCGAGCGCGGCGUGCAUAUCAGACAUGCUGAGGCAAGUCAGCAACGGGCAGUAUCUGGAGGCGAUCCGGAUGGCGGAAAAGUUCAUCCUCCACGUCGAGGUGCUCUUCGCGACCAUCGACGACCUUGAAUAUCACUUCGCCAGGCUUAACCUCAAAGGCAUGUCCCACGUGCGCGAGGCGCGCAUGCUCUGCCGCAAGACCGUCGACCUCUUCACCCUCCUCUCGCACACGCAGGAAACCGGCGCGCGCCGGAUGGGCAUGACGCAGGAGCUGCUCGCGCUCGUCACCGGCCUCGCCCACUACCUCAAGAUCCUCAUCCGCAUCGCGCUCACCGGCGCCCUCAAGCUCGAGCGCGAGCAGAACGUGCGGGACGCGAUCUCCAACUUCCUCGACAAGCUCCACCUGCUCGCGGUCCAGGGCGGCAACCCGGGCGCGAAACGCGUGCUGAAGGGCGCGCACGGCGCGGAGAUGGUCGUCACGAACGGAUCUGGCCCAGGCUUUGGCGGGACGCAAGGCGUGACGUACGGCUUCCGAAGUCUCGCGCCCGAGCUCGCGGGCGAUUCGCCGUUUGCGCCGCAGACGCACGGACAUGCGCCGAACAAGCCGACGAGCCCGCCGAGCGACCUUUGCGUCAAGUGCGGACAGACGGUCGAAGAGGAUUGCGUCCGGCUCGGGACAUACCAGCGCUGGCACUCGAACUGCGUGCAAUGCCAGACGUGUGGGAAGGUGGCGGCGGUGCAGGGUCCGAAGGAGAAGGAUAGAGAGAGGGAACGGAGCGGCGGGGAGGGUGACGGGAAAGAGGAGAAACCGAAGCUGAGCACGGCGCGGAGGCCACCGGCCAACGUGGGCAUGUUCGUGUACGACGAGGCGAGCAUGGCGGACAGCCCCUCGAGCGGGCGGUAUCCGACCGUCAUCUACUGCACGGAGCAUGCGCACCCCGGAUGCAAGGGCGGGUUCCAGCCGGUCUCGAGGCUGGAGCAGUACGCGUUUUUGCUCAACGUCGCGCUGCGGAGGCUCUACAUUCUGCUCAAGAAGCGCGGCGUCGUGCCCCUCUCGCCAGUGCCCGGCGGUCAGGGGGCGAUCCAACAGGGUCCUGAUCAAGAUCCGUACCGCAACUCGGGCGACAUCAUGCGUAUGAAGUCGGUCCACCUCGACCGGAAGUUGUCAGCCACCGCGCGGAUCGCGAAGCGCUCCACGAUCGUCGAGAGCCCUGCUGGCAAGAGCGUGCAGCCGACCGACGUCGGCAUCACUUCGGAGCGCUCGCGCGAGCUUAUCCCUGCGUCGUCAAGUGCGCGAACCGUGGGUGCAACCUACCCGCAGUCGCAGCAGCAGGCCCAGUUGCCUCCGGUGCGCCCUCCGAGACCCCCGCAGUCCCAGUCACCUCUCGACCCGGCGCCGCCCACUCGCCAGGCCAACGGCCCUGGCCCGCUCCCGCCCGCGUCCAUCCACGAAGGGCAGCAGGUCAUCCGCCCGCCGUAUGCGCGGCACAACACCGAGGUGAUGAUCGUGGACGAGUCGAUGCCGAAUUCGCCCGCGAUCGGUUCGGAGGAGCAGUCGCCGAUGGGCCUGCCGGCGCCGGACGAAGGGAUCACGCUCGCGGACAUCCCGCAGCUUAUGGAAGCCGCCCAGGCGAGGGAGCAGCACCGCUCGCUGCCGCGGCAGAGCCAGGUGCCGUUCAUCGCGGAGCUGUCGCCGCUCGAGCUCGCGAUCGUCAAGCACUGCGCGGUGCUCGUCUUGCACGGAUCGCCGCUCCGGAACGAGUUCGAUCUGGACGAGAUCUUGGAGCUGAUCGAGGUGAAGAAGAGCGGGUUCUGGAACAGGUGGUUCAAAGGCGGAAACGACAAGAAGAUCAAGAAGAAAGGUGUCUUCGGCGUGCCGCUCGAAUUGCUCGUCGAAAGGGAAGGCGCGGACUCCGUCCUGGGAGCAUCGCGGACUACGCUAAGGAUCCCAAGUUUCAUCGACGAUGUCGUGUCGGCAAUGAGGCAAAUGGACAUGUCCAUCGAGGGUAUUUUCCGCAAGAACGGCAACAUCAGGAGGCUCAAAGACCUGACCGAGGCGAUCGACCGGGAUCCGAACUCCGUCGACCUCACGACCGACAAUCCUGUCCAGCUGGCCGCCCUCUUGAAGAAGUUUUUGCGUGAUCUCCCUGAUCCUCUGUUGACAUUCAAGCUACAUCGACUCUUGAUCGCUUCUCAAUCGCUACCGAAGGAGGAGGACCGCAUGCGUCUGCUUCAUAUGAUCAACCUCCUUUUGCCCAAGGUUCACCGAGACACGAUGGAGGUGCUGUUUGUCUUCCUUAAAUGGGUCGCGUCGUUCGCGCACACGGACGAUGAAACGGGGAGCAAGAUGGACUUACCGAAUCUGGCGACGGUCAUCUGCCCCAGUAUCCUCUAUUCUCGUGGUCGCGAUGGCGUCCGCGACGAGAGUUUCGGGGGCAUCAGGGUCGUGACGGCACUUCUCGAAAAUCAGGAUCAAUUCUACCUGGUGCCGGAGGAGUUCCUCCCGAUUCUCCACGACCAGGAAUACUUCGCGAACAGCUUGGAUCUCCCCGCCAAAGAGUUCAUGAAGAAGUGCGGCACGUACAUGAGGGUCAAGGCCCAGGGUCGAGCUCCUAUUCCUGGUCCACCGAUCGCCUCUCCGACCGCAACGUCGCCGUUCGGUAGCAAUAACACAAGUGGAAGUCUAGCAUCGAUGAUGCAAGAUGGCCGACCCCAAAGGCCUAGCACUGCGCGCCCCAACACAUCUCCCUCAUCAGAUCAACUAGGGAACGGCGGGUUGAGCAAGCGGCAGCAAUCACCGCAGCCGCCUCCUCUGACCCACUCGCCGAUGUCUUUCCCUUCGGCGGGCUCAGCACCCUCCUCGCUUGCUCAAACCAUUGCGUCCAUAAACCAGGGUGGCGAGCAGGACUGGGUCGCGCUGCAACGGCGAGGCGGCCCCACCAGCCCCGCAAUGCAGCCACCGACAAGGCCAGCGUCAUACGUCGGGACGCCGCGCAACAGCGGGGAGCAUCCUCCGUUCAGUCCUCCCGGGCACCAGGUGCAGCUACGGCAGCGCACAUGACGACAGCCAUCUGUUUGUUUGGUGGCCCUGCUUUCCUCCUCUCCGCCUUCAAUCAUGCACAUUCCCCUCGCUCCUUGAUAUCCCGCAAUCUCUCUCUCUUUCCUCUCCUGCCUGUGUGCCUCUGAAGCUUGCCUCACAUUUGUAUUCCAGCGUAGUUAACGCCAUUGCGUAGUCGAGUCACUUUUUCUCUCUAUUUUAUUGCAUGGACUACUUGACAGUUCGCGGAAC